AUGCGGGCUCUUUCUUUACUUUCUAUUGUUUCGCUGGCCAGCGCUUCUUAUCCAGCCCCAGGUCCCUGCUCAGGAGACUGUUGGACUCAUGAUCCAUCCAUGAUCCAGCGCGCCUCGGACGGUGCAUACUUUCGUUUCUCGACAGGCUCGGGUGUCAACACGAUGACCUCGCCCUCAAUCGAGGGACCGUGGCAAGAUGUGGGCGCAGCACUGCCGGAUGGCUCCAUAAUCAAGCUUAAUGAUGUCGAUAGCAUGAAUAUUUGGGCUCCAGAUCUACAUUAUGCAGAUGGCACAUACUACAUGUAUUACGUGCUAUCGAAGCUCGGCACGCAGAACUCGCAAGUUGGUGUGGCAACAUCCAAAACGUUAGAGCCGGGCUCGUGGACCGACCACGGCGCAAUUGGCCUGCCUGCCAACAAUGCCUAUAACCGCAUUGACCCUAACUGGAUCGCUAUUGAUGGGAAGGAGUACUUGCAAUUCGGGUCCUACUGGAAGGACCUCUUUCAGGUUGAACUAGAUAGCCCGUUGAAGGUCGGCUCCGUGCCUUCACAUCAGUUGACUUACAAUGCUAGCCUAAAUCAUCGCGAGGAGGCCGCUUUCAUGUUCCAGCAUGGCAGUUACUACUACCUCCUCUAUAGCGGCGGACUAGCUGGCUCCUACACAGCGACUAGCCCGCCUCAAGGCGAGGAAUAUCGCAUCCACGUGUGUCGUUCAACCACCGGACUUGGAGGCUUUGUCGAUAAGUCUGGUACUUCUUGUUUAGAAUCGGGCGGCUCUAUCCUACUUCAGAGCCAUGACCAGAUAUAUGCACCUGGUGGACAGGGUUUCCUCAAUGAUCGAGAAUUCGGUCCCGUCUUGUAUUAUCAAUACUAUCCGCUCGCUUUGAAAGAAGCAGGUGGCAAUGGCGACGCCGGAUACCUUUAUGGUUGGAAUCAGCUCGGCUGGGAGGAUGACUGGCCGUACGUGAAGGAGACUGCCGCAAACUUCAACACCGCAUACGUGUAUGAUGGGGAUGAAGACGGCCCAGAGGAAACUGGCUCAGAGCAAGUCGCCUCGCUGGAAGCCGAGUCACCAUAUGGGGCAGUGGAAAACGACGCGAAUGUGAAAAUCACAUAA